AGUUGCAAGCUUUACAAGAGAAAGAAGCAGUUGAAUCUCCAACUAAAGUCAUUCCCAAUCUGACUAUUGCUUCUCUUCCUUCAGAACUCACAAUAUGUCCUGUGACAUCACCAACACAGGUGAAAAAAGCCAAGACAUCUGAUUCUACUAGCAGCGGUACUUUUACCAUAGUCACAGCCAACAACAAGAUGAAUUUUCAAACACUGGGAUAUUCCUCUCAACUCUUACGAUCACCAGAUAAGAGUAAUUGUUCAGUGACAUUAGAUAUGGAAAAAUUAAUGGCUUAUAUGCUUCCUCAUACUUCCCCUAGUAGAGGCCGUGGUAGGGGUAGGCCAAGAGGUAGUGGCAGGGGUCGAGGAAGAGGAAGGCCUCCAUUAGAUAUUUCUUCAUCAAAAAGAGAAAAAACUCCUCAAAGCCAAACAAAAAUUAGUUUACCAAACGAAAGGUUAUCUGCUGGUGAACCUACAAAUGAGACUAAGUCAUCUUCAGCCUCAGAAGCCUCAGACAGUGAUGACAAUAUUGAAGAGAUGAUGAUGAUGAUCAAUCUGCAACUGCUAGCACUGCAAGUAGUGGAGUUACAUCUCCAUCACGUCGAGGAAUGAAACGUCAUAGUCAGGAAGGUGAAGGGUUUUCGCCAAAAAAGAAAAGGAUAUUACCUGAUGAAAAGGAAACCAGAAUUCCAUUAGAACAUGGAUGGCGUCGUCAGACCAAGAUUCGUUGUUUUAGUCGCUCAGGUGUGAGAGGUGAGGUUGUGUAUUAUGCUCCAUGUGGGAAGAAACUAAAGAACUACCCCGAAGUGGUGCGAUACUUACAUCGGCAUGAUAUCACAGACAUUACACGGGAGAAUUUCACCUUCAGUACAAAAAUCAACGUGGGAGAGUUCAUAGAAAAGGCACAGGAUGGUAACUACAGCUUAGUUAAUGAGAAUGAAGUGGUAGCCAGAAUAGAAGAAGUACGAGCUCGAAAAGGUUGCUUGGGAAUCCAAGUUCGACGAACUCCUCAGCAAAAAGCUAAGGAAGAAGAAGAUAAACAACAACAGUGGGAACAAAUUCAGCUUCAUCACAGGUUGAAGCAGCAAGCUGAAGAAUUACAUCGUCAGAAAGAACAUGAAAAAUUCGUAAAAGAACAAGAGAAAUUAGAAAGAUUAAAGCAAUUACACCUGGUGAGGGAAAUGCGAAACAGACAAAUUAUGGAGGAGAGAGAAAUGAAGAGACAACAAGCUGCUAUUCUAAGGGAGCAGGAAUUGCAAAAACAAAGAGAAAUUAUCUUGAUGGUUGAUUUGGAACGGGAACGUAGGAGACAACAUAUGUUACUUGUACGGGCAUUAGACAUUCGCAAGAAGCAUGAGGAACGAGAAAGAAAGCGGGAAGAACUACUUCAAGAGAAAAGAAUGUAUAAAGAAAAAAAAAUGGAGCAGAGAAGAAUAGAGUUACAACUGAUACGAGAAAUCAAAAAACCGGUAGAUGAUAUGAUGUUGAAAGAUUCUACACCUCUUCCUACUUUAAACAGAAUUCCUGGAGUCAAAUUAUCUGGAAAGGCAUUUUCUAAUAUCCUGAUGGUUUUUGAAUUUCUUCACAACUUUGGUGAUACAAUAGGUUUUGACAUGGAGAAGUUGCCAUCAUUAAACAUCUUUCAGAUGGGAUUGUUGAACAGUGAUGAAAAGAGUGAAGAAGAACUGCUGUCGGUUGUGCAUCAUUUAUUAGUUUGUGCAAUUGACGAUCCUGGAGUGCCAAGCCGUCCAGAGGCUGUAUCUGUACUUAGUCAGAAUCUACGAGAUGUUGAUGUAGCCAGUAAUAACAUAUCUGAGGUUCUCCGUCUUUACUUUACUGCUUCCGAUAAAACAAGCAAGAUGUGCAAAUGGUUACUAGAAAAACCUUUUUUAUCCUUGAACCCCACACAGAAGUCAGAAAUUAUGACAUGUUUGUGUAAUGACUUGUUGUGUAGUAGAGCUAUUUUAAGGCAAAUUGAUUCAAACAUUGAUACUGUAAAUAACUUGCGUCGAGAUAAAUGGAUUGUUGAAGGAAAACUGAGGAAACUACGAAACAUUCAACAAGUCAGGGAAUUAAAAUGGCCUGUAGGACAAGUGUCGACUAAUGAUUCUGUCAACAACAAUGGAGAAGAUUCCAAGGAUUCUAAAAUGGAGAAAACUAGUUCUAAAAUGGAUACUAGCAAGGAUAUUGAUGUUCAAAAUAAACGUGUAGUGUCAAAUAACAAAACCUGUAAGACUGCAAAAGGAAGUAAAGCCAAGGCUACAGAAGAGGAAGAAGAAAAUGACAACGAAAGUGGCAACGACAGUGAUGCAACUCAAGUAACAAACAGGAUGUCUGAAGGAGAGGAUGAGCAGUUGGGUAUAUCCAAUGAAGAAUUAAAGAAGAGAAUUGAUAAACUUUCAAAGCAACAAGCACAGAUAAGCGGUAAACUAUCAAAGGCAGUACAUGCCCUUCGUGCCACAACUUUUGGACAAGAUCGGUAUCAUCGCUAUUACUGGGUUCUUCCAUUUACUGGUGGCAUUUUUGUUGAAGGGAUAGAAUCAUCAUCAGAUGUAGAGAGUGAAGAACAUGAUGUAUUAAUCAAAGAGGAAAAUCAGACAAAACCAGAAGAAGUGGUAGGUAAAGAUACAAUGAACUAUGAAGAUACAAGAAAGACAGAAGUGGUGCAAGAACAAAUAGAGGAACCUGUAUCUCAUGUGACAUUAGAAGCAAUGGAAGUGGAUAGUAGUCUUGAUAAUUCCCAAAAAACUGAUGCUGAAAAAAAUACCAGUGUUGAAGUGACCUCUGGCAAAGAAUGUUUACCAGAUAGCUUAUCUAAAAAUAAAAAGGAACAAGCAUCUGAGUGUUUACAUCCAGAAAGUGAAAAAUGUGUGAAAACUAUAAAUGUAGAUGGCAAAAAUGAUAUAACCGCUAGUGGUAAUAAAGAACAAAUUCCAGAUGAUUCUAGUGAAAAUACAUCUUUAAAUACAGAAGUUCAGGAGACUUCUAAAUGUUUAAACAUUGUUAAUAAUGAAAAACCAUCACCCCAAAAACUUAAAAACUCCUCAGAAGCUGUUGUUCUGCUGGAAACAGAAGCAGCAGAGAAGGUAAUAAGUUCUAGCAAGCUUGCUGUUUCGAAAACUUCAUCUAAUGUUGAACAAAACUGGCUACUUCAUUCUCCCUUCUUUGCAUCAAUCCUUGCAGGCUCAAUGUUCAUGAAUGGACCUUUGUUACAUGGCAGGGAAUUGAAUGGCAGCUAUUUUAACCUCCCAAAAACUGAACCAGCUAUAUCGAGUCCAACAUUUAGUCCACUUUUAGGAUUAUCCCCUGGGUUUCUUUCAGCCGAAGUCCUCAAAAAUAUGACAGAAAAGCAGCCUGUUGAGAAACCCUGGUUUAGCAUUCUUCCCCGAAUUACAUGUGAUAAUACCUCUCCAACUGAAGAAUCACAGCCAAAGCAAGCAUCAUUAAUACGUUCCAGCAGUACUUCACAGAAGCUUGCGACUGCUUCAAGUAACUCUUCUUUAGGAAGUAUUCCAGCAUCGUCCUUACCGAGCCAAUCCACUCCCAUUAGUUCCAGCAACAGCCAGAGUUAUCCUUCCGCAGCCCUGGCUCUUGCAAACUUUCAGCUUGAACUUCUUAAUGGACUUCCACCCCCUCUAUUGCCUAAUCCACUUCUAAGUUCCUCUACCAUGAGCUCAUAUAACCACGACACUUCAAUAUCCACCACGAUAGAUUCAUCUCAGUUGACCUCCACACCAACAAGCACAGUACCUGUAAAUCCCCCAUCAUUCUGUGCUACCCCUACCACAGUUCCGUCCCCAAGCUCUACUCCUGGCUCUGUGGCAUAUGGGUUUCACUCUAACAACUCUAUAAACCAGGCUUCUGAGGAUUAUUUGAAAAUGAUGACAAGAGAACUGAAUCACUAUGCCAAGCCUCGUCCACUGCCUGCAGAAUAUCGUAAAGGUUGGUGGAGGAUCACUGACUCGGAGCAGCUGAAAGCCUUGCUAAAUGCUCUCCAUCCAAGGGGUAUAAGAGAGAGGCUUCUUCAGAAACAGUUCCAAAAAUACUACAGUUAUGCAUGUAGUUCCUUUACUCAGGGCCAAAAUGAAGUUACAGAUCUAGAAAUCACAGAUUUAGACAGUUCAAUAUCUAAGAAAGUAGGAGGUGCUCCAGAUCCUGAUAAAGAAGACCAGUGGUCACCAGAAGUAGCACUACGUAUGGACUUGUCAAUUUUAGAGCAGAUAGAGGUUAUGGAAGAGAAAGUAGCAGGAGCUAGCAUGCAAGUUAAGGGAUGGACGAUUCCUCCCAAACUCACCUAUGACUCAGACAUCAAGUUCAAAGCAGCCUGUCUUUUUCCAAAGAAGGACCAAGAUAGUUUAAGCUUCCGUCGACAAAAAUCAGUUAAGCGCCAAAGCAAAGGGCGUGAUUCUGUUUCCGUAGAGACUGGUGAGAGUACACAGACCAAAGCAGAAAUUAGUAGCUGUGCAAUAGAAGAGAAUAAAUCAGAAGAUUUUAACAAUAAGGGUGAAAGUGAUAGUGUGAGUAAUACAGAAGAAUUAAGCAAAUUAAAACCAACCAGUGGUGAAGAAAAACCAUCCAGUAAUCUUGACAGUGGUUCAGAAGAUCCGUAUGUCAAUCCAGUAGAAAUUGCUAAAGAAAGACUUUUAUUACUUGAAAGUGCCAUAGAAAGACGCUAUAUAAAGCCUCCUCUUGGAAUAACCAGUACUGAGUUGAAUUUGUCUUCAUUGAACAACAGUGCUGUGCAUCCUGCAUCAGACGGAGAUGCAGAAGAAGGGGAGUUACCAAGGGGACUACUUCGCUGGCGAGCUGCAAUCCAGAAGUGCUGGACAGCAGAGCAGGUGGCCAUGUGUUUAAACAUGCUUGAGACGUGUGUGGCAUGGGAUAAAUCCAUCAUGAGAGCCAGCUGCCAGUUUUGUCAUAGUGGAGCUAAUGAAGAGAAGUUACUUCUUUGUGAUGGUUGUGACAAAGGCUAUCACACUUACUGUUUCAAGCCUAAAAUGGAGACAAUACCUGAUGGGGACUGGUAUUGCUAUGAAUGUUUGAAUAAGGCUACAGGUGAUAAGGUUUGUGUAUUGUGUGGUAAGAAGGGUAAGUUGAUUAACUGCGACCUGUGUCCCAAGACUUACCACAUCAACUGCUUAGAUCCUCCUUUGUCAAGACCACCAAAAGGAAAAUGGUGCUGUGUAAGCUGUAAAGUUCAGUCACAGCCAAAGAAGAGCAAUAAGCACAAAAAUGCGUCAAAAGAGAAGGAAAAAGAAAAGGAUAAGGAAAAGGAUAAAGAAACAACAAAGGAAAAGGAGAAAGAAGCUGCACCAAGUAAAAAGUCAGAAAAUAAUCCAAGUAGUAAAUCAAAGUCAAGUGAAAAAAAGGAGAAGUCUAAAAAUCUUGACAAUGAGUUUACUCCAGCAAGAACCUUGUUGGAUGAGCUUAAAAAGCAUGAGGACUCCUGGCCUUUCCUUUUUCCAGUCAAAACCAAGCAGUUUCCAACCUACAAGAAAAUCAUCAAACAACCAAUGGAUUUCAGCACAAUAAAAAGCAAGUUGGAAGGAGGAUUACACAAAACAAAAGAAGAUUUUGCUGCUGAUGUGCGCCUGAUUUUUGAUAACUGUGAAACUUUUAAUGAAGAUGAAUCUCCCGUGGGAAGGGCUGGUCACAAUAUGAGGGCAUAUUUUGAAACCCGGUGGGCAGAACUUAAUUCGACCUGACCUCAACUGUGGUUACAAGUGUUGCCAUUAACAAAAUACUUUCUUCCACCAAGUGGAGUCGCUUUCAUGUUCUUUGAGUGCAGAAGUGCCUGGAAGCUGCGAGAUCAUUAUGUGUACAUCAGGUGACACCAGUUGUGCUUCGUAAAUCUGUGUGUUAUGAAAUUUUAUGCAAGUCAGUCUGAUUACUUAGCUGUUCUGUGUAUGUGUAAACAGUUACUUAUAUCCCGUUCUCAACGCACACACCAGGAAUAUAGCUCGUCGAGUUUCCUUGUUCCAUUUCCAACAUACUUUGAUAGUGCCACCUAGUGGUUGUUUAUGCAUAUUAAAGCACUAUUACUGGUGUGUUAAAGGUAAAGCACUGCUUGGCAGUGAAAAUGAUGCAUCUAUACUCAGUACCUCACUUUUCCUGUAUCUCUGAAAAACGUAUAUCAUCAGGUCUCUUGUUUCUCCAAGUAAGCUAUGACCAGUGGUAUUUUACUAUCCAAGUAAAUGUUUUGUUUGUGAUUUUUUUUUCUAUUACUUUACAGUGUUAAGUCCUAAACGAGUCCAAUAACAAGCCCUAGUGUACUUGGAAACUUUUUAGAAGAUUUUUCUUUUCUUCACCAUCUGUCACAGCAGGAAAUAUUUCUGAUCUUGUAGAAUAUAAAGAUUUUGGACCUAUUUUUGUAUAAAACAUGUCAAAUGAAUGCCACGUCAGUUUAAGGACAUCCCCUUUGAAUAGUAAUAAUUGUCAAGGGUGAAACUACCUAGUUUCUGGAACAUCUAAGUUGGUCAUCUUUGUGAAGUUUUUACACCACAACAGUGGGUGCGGUGAAUCAAACCAAUGAGUACAGGGGACAACAAUGCACAGGUGACUCUUUUUUUUUUCCUCUUUCUUGUGCAUCUGGUUAGUUUGUAGUGUUGUGUUACUUAUCCAAUGUAUUGUGAAAAAAAAGUGUGUGUUUGUGUAUAGAGAAGUAUUGGUAUUUGGUAAUUUUUAUGUUGUAUAUAGUGUCUAGCUUCCUGGGGGUAUUUGCUAUGUUAUUAAACCUUGCUGAAUUUAUUUAUUAGUAUUUCAUAUGUCAUCCUAUCAUUGUUUGAGAGGUUGUUUACAGAUCAAGCAUAUUGAACAAUGUGACAAAUGUGUAAUAUAAUCAUUGUUUUCUAACAAUGCAUCAAGUGGUCAUAUAAGAUGCCCAUUAUUCCUCCAAAUAAGAGGGAUUAUUACCAUUAUUUAGAUCACCAAAUUCUAAUUUUGUAGAACACAUCUUUUGCCAUUGGACUGUGUUACAGUUAUUGCAAGUCUUACUGGUAUCUCUCUAUUACAUUAUGUUUUUUUUAAUGCUAUUUUUUGUUUUGUUAAAGUAACAUUUUUUGUUUAUCAGGUGGUUGAAGGAAUUCUUUGCUUUACACUAUUAUUGUCAGUCAAUAUUACAUAGUAUUUGAAUAGAAAGUUAAUUUUUUUGUACAACCUGAUGUCAAGCAUUUUUCAAAUUAGUACAAAGAUGUGUUUGACCACUAGCCUAUUUGACCCCUCUCUAGUUGGACUGUGAGUAUUGCUAGUGAAUUACUCUGUUGCUACUUGCACUAGCUAUGAAUUAGUGUACUUUUGCUAUGAUCAGGCCCUGAAAAAAAUAUUUCAUAGCAACUGAUUAAGUUUAACGGGUCCAAUGUUUACUGUAUUGGUGGAUCUAAUCUUCUCUCUCUUGGUUGAACCUGUAGAUAUAGUGGAAGAAAUCCCAUUUUGUUAGUGGUAUUACAGCAUAUAUAACACAUGUACUGUCUAAGAAAAAGUUUCCCAAUAUCAGUUAAUUUUA